AUGGCUCGUCACCACCUAUGGAUCUUGCUCUUUUGCCUACAAACCUGUCUGGAAGCAUCUGGAAGCAACACAGACAUCUUCACAGUGAAUGGGAUUCUGGGGGAGUCAGCUACUUUUCCCUUAAAUAUCCAACCAUCACAGAAAGUUACCAGCAUUUCUUGGCAUUCCAAAACAUCUGUUGCUUUUGUAAUACCAGGAAACUUAGGAGCAGAACCCACAGUUACCAUAACCCACCAAAAUUACCAUGAGCGAAUAAGUGUCUCGGGUCAGAACUAUAACCUGGAGCUCAGAAAUCUGAGGAUUGAAGACUCAGGGAUCUACAAAGCUGACAUAAAUGUAGAGACCUCUAAAACGACCACCACCAGGUCCUACAACCUUCAAGUCUAUCGUCGUCUUGGGAAGCCAAAAAUUACGCAGAGUUUCAUGACAUCUGUGAACAGCACCUGUAACGUCACACUGACGUGCUCUGUGGAUAAAGAAGAAAAGAAUGUGACAUAUAGUUGGAGUCCACGAGGGGAAGAGGGCAAUGUCCUUCAAAUCUUCCGGACCCCUGACAACCAAGAGGAGACUUACACGUGUACAGCAUGGAACCCCGUCAGCAACAAUUCUGACUCCAUCUCUGCCCAGCAGCUCUGUGCAGACAUCACAAUGAGCCCCCAUACUCGCCGCGCUGGAUUGAUGAGUGGGCUGGCUGUGCUUUCUCUGCUUAUAAUCAUUCUGCCCUCAGUGGUUUUGUUCCUUUUGUGCAAGAGAAGAGAAGGUUCCUUCUUGAAGAAGUUCAGUAAGAACCCUGAUGCUUCUUCAAAGAAAACAAUAUACACAUACAUCACAGUUUCAAGAAACACCCAGCCAGCAGAGUCCAGGAUCUAUGAUGAGAUCCCCCCAUGCAAGGUGCUCCCCACCAAGGAGGAGCCAGUGAACACAAUUUACUCCCUAAUGCAAUACUCUGAUAAGAUGGAGAAAACCAGCAGUAAGGACAGCAAACCUCUUGGGACUUCGAGCUAUGAAAUUGUGAUCUAG